GCAGGGUGAGGAUGCUGUCAGGUUGCCGUGGUUUCAACCUCUCUAUUUCUUGUGGCGACGGGGUUGUGUGUUUGUGUGUGUGUGUGUGUGUGUGGCUGUGUGCAGAGUGUGAGGCAUGAGGCGUGAUUCUUUAAGCAGUGAGUAUAUAAGACGGAAGGACGGAGAGAAGGAAGAGACGAAGGAAGGGAGGAAGGAGGUGUUAAAGGAGGUUGAAGAAAGGAGGGUGACACUGAUGGCGACAGUAGAGAAGACACGUGAAUGAGAUAUUAAACGACACACUGUAGGCAACAGCGAAAAAGGAAUGGGGGGAGUUUGAGUCUCCACUGAUUCUCCGGUCCCCAGGAGAGUCAUGAGGUCUCAGGAGGAGGCGUCUUCCUUCAGGAGGUUUUUUCAGUAUGUGGAGGACAGUGGCCUUAGAACAUAUGACAAUCUGGUUAUCCAAAAUGCCUCGGACAUCGCUAGAGAGAGCGACCGGAUCCGCAACCAGAAUAACUGGACUUACAUGCAGGAAAAACACCAGAAGAAGAGACGACAGGAAGAGGCCAUCAAAAGGAUUGGUGAGGAUGUAGCCAUGGCAACAGACGGGGCAUAUUCUGGAAAACAUUUCAGGAUGGGUUUCAUGACAAUGCCGGCACCGCAGGAUCGUCUGCCACCUCCAAGUCAGGGCUUCACCGUUCGAUCACAGUCCCUCCACUCUGUGGGCGUAGAUGAUGACUCCAAUAUAAACCGUAAACAGCCCCCACCCAAACCAAAGCGAGACCCCAACACCAAACUGAGCAGCAGCUCUGAGAUGGUGAACGCAGGCCCUGGAGUACCAAAGACAGAUAUUGAAGAGACCAGAGACACCUCAGAGCCGGCCGAAGCUGGAUGUCAUCUCUGCAGUGAAGACUACAAGAAGAUGCCUCCACCUAAACCCAAAAGAAACCCAAACACUCAGCUCAGCACCUCCUUUGAUGAAUCUUACAUCCAUAACCAUAGCAACAGGAAGUCUUCUUUGCGAUGUGAUAAAUCUUCGGCCCAGAGUCCAGCAUCGAGGGACACGGAGGAUGAGGAGCCCGUCUACAUUGAGAUGGUGGGGAACAUCCCACGAGACCUGAAAGGUCCAGAAGCUGUGGAGGACGAGCAGAGCGAGGCUGUGUACGAGGAGAUGAAGUAUCCCAUACUUGAGGACUUCCUGCAGGAUGCCCACUCCACCAUAAUAGAUCUUGAAGCCUGGACGUCCCGCGGAUCCAUCUGCGAUAUCCCGCCACCUUUUCCCAACCUCCUGACUCACCGCCCACCGCUGCUCGUCUUCCCCCCCCUUCCUGCUCAGUGCUCCCCAAAUUCUGACGAGUCCCCUCUCACCCCUCUAGAGGUCACACGGCUGCCCAUGAUGGAAAAUUCCUCCUACUCCAAGUCAGGUGGUGUUGAACAAUCUCAGAGCUCCACACACCAUCGCAAGGAGCGGGAACGAGAACGAGGCAGAGACCGGGACCUGGCCUCAACAAACACAAUAACCUCCUCCGGCCGCUCAUCAGCUCCGCCUCUCCCCUCCAAUCUCUACAAGUCCUCUGGUUCCGCCCACAGUGGGCAUGGUUACCCCCGCAGCCAAUCAGCAUGUCCUUCUCCAGUCAGCAUGGGUCGCUCUCUGACUCCCUUAAGCUUGAAGAGACCUCCACCAUAUGACACUCUGAUGGCAGGAGGAAGUAUGCCCCGGUCUUCCUCUUCGUCGUCCUCAUCCUCACACAGGGCUGGGGAGGCCGGCGCCAAGCUGAGUAACUCCUCUUCUACCCACGGCUCCAUGCAGAAUGUAUCAAUGAGGUCACAGACACCCACAAGCCCAUUGGAGGAACUCAACAACCUGUUUACCUCAGGUAGACAUGUGAUGAAGAAAGUGACAGGAAGCAAGAAGACUAGAGGAAGUGAAGGAGACUGCAGGUCUCUGCCAAGACACGGCAGCAAAGACAGAGAACGGCAGUCCAGUCCACUUCCAAGCAGGAUGGGGAGGUCAUCUGUGAGCCCCACUAUGAUGCUGUCAGGAGGAGCGGGAGGAGGAGAAUCUGCAGAAUCCAAGUUGGUGUGUAAACUUGGCCGUUCAGCUUCAACGUCAGGAGUUCCUUCGCCAGGGGGGACGCCGCAUCGUCACCUGUAUGAGCUGCAUCACCCUGCCCUCAGCCAGAUGCCUUGGCUCAGCGGAGACACAACCAUGAUGGAGAUGAUUGAGAAGAAACAGGUUUUAUGUCGAGAGAUUAAAGCUCGUCAGCGUCCUGAGAAGAAUCUGUGUAAACAGGACAGCAUGCCCAUCCUGCCCAGCUGGAAGAGAAAGCAGCCGCCGCCCUACGGCGCCGUCACCGGACAGACGGCAGCAGUGUUCUGGGACACGGCCAUCUGAAAACAGCACACACAAUAAGAUACUUCUUCCACUAAGAUGUCAAUGUGGCCAAUAGAAAUGAUUUUCUAUUGAUCCGCUCACAUGAAAUGACCCCAUCAGGCCAGAUGACUUUCUCUCGUGCCGUCAUUUUGCUCCUGUGGUGUUUCCUUGUUGUCACUGUUUCAUCUUUUCUUUUCGUGGCUCUUCAAAAGAACAACACACAAGAAGUCAUGUUUAUUUUUGGAAUGUGCUGAGUACACGUCCACAGAAUCCUCCCGUGAACUGAGUCUAUUUCAGAAUAUUCUGUUUGGAUGAGUCCUAUCAAAGACUUGGUGUGCAUGUAAACGUAGCCAUUGAUGGUGGUAAUGAUGAUGAUGAUGAUAAAUAUGAUGAUGAAUAUGAAGGCAUCAGGACAGAUUAACAGCUUGUUUAUGCUACAAGCUGCUGUUUUGUUUAAUUGACAGUAUCUGCUGACCCUUCACUGCCGUCAAUCAGCUGUACAGUCCAUAAAAUUUAAUCAAAUUUACAAACAUCUGUUAACGAAAGUUAAGCCUAACCCGUAUCACUGCAAGCUGUGGGCAUUUAUACAUGAAUAAAGUUGUUAAAUUUAAAGGUAUAAAGCCUAUAUUACAUAUUACUGGACCUUCAAUUAUUAAUUAAUCAAGUGUGACACUAAGAAAGAAAAUAAAGCAGAGAACAUUGAGAGAAGUAAAGAAGUUAACCAAAUAUCUCUAAAAUGAACAGAUGAACAUCAUUUCUACAAAUUCAUUAUUCAAAUAAAUCAAUAUUUAAAACUCUA